GGACGGACGCGCCGGCGGUGGUGAACUGUCUGCACAUCCUCGCCCGCUCCCUGGACGCCAGGACGGUGAUGAAGUCGGGCCCCGAGAUCGUCAAGGCGGGACUGCGGUCCUUCUUCGAGAGCGCCUCCGAGGACAUCGAGAAGAUGGUGGAGAACCUCAAGCUGGGGAAGGUGACGCAGAGCCGCACGCAGGUCAAGGGGGUGGCCCAGAACAUCAACUACACCACGGUGGCCCUCCUGCCCGUCCUCACCUCCCUCUUCGAGCACGUGGCGCAGCACCACUUCGGGGACGACGUCAUCCUCGAUGACGUCCAGGUCUCCUGGUACCGCAUCCUCUGCCGGCUGAUGCGGGACAUCGGGGGGCUGGCGGAGUCGGGGGCGCGUUACACGGAGAUGCCCCACGUCAUCGAGGUCACCCUCCCCAUGCUCUGCAACUACCUGCCCCGCUGGUGGGAGCGCGGCCCCGACACGCAGCCCCAGGGCCCGUGGCCCACCGCCGUCACCGGCCACCACCUCAACGCCCUCCUGGGCAACAUCCUCCGCAUCGUGGUCAACAACCUGGGCAUCGACGAGGCCUCCUGGAUGAAGCGCCUGGCAGUGUUCGCCCAGCCCAUCGUGAGCAAGGCGAAGCCGGAGCUGCUGCGCUCCCACUUCAUCCCCACCAUGGAGAAGCUGAAGAAGAGGGCGGGGAAGGUGGUGGCCGAGGAGGAGCAGCUCCGCAUGGAGGCCAAGACGGAGGCGGAGGACGCCGAGCUGCUCAUCCGCGACGAGUUCUCCGUCCUCUGCCGCGACCUCUACGCGCUCUACCCACUGCUCAUCCGCUACGUGGACAACAGCCGGUGA